AUGUCAACACGGCAGUCAAGACGCAAGCCCCGCAAGACCCUGGCCAUCAACAACGCACAUUAUGUCGGAUAUGUUGAGGAAAACGAGUCAAUUGAAGCGAUCAUGAAGAAGUUUGAGGAACUGGCACGCAUGGAAGAGGAGUUUGCAAAGUCCAGCAACGGCAACAUUAGCAACAACGCCGCAGCUUCAACGCCAACUUCCGACGCAGCCUCCGGAACACCUGUACCAGAAUCAGGAGCUGGCAAUGGCGAAGGAUCCUCGUCCUCAGUGAUUCCCAAUGGAGAGGUCAUCCUGGGUUUGGAAAGAACACAACAGAAGGCUGGUGAGAGCGAGGGUUUCACGGAUGAACAACUUCAGGAGAUCUUUAGACGUACAUCUGGAUUCACCGUCCGUUCUAUGCUUCGGGAUACGCCUGAAGAUAUUUAUGAGGAGGAUGUGUGGCAGGCAAACAUUGCGGACGAGGACUACCUUUACGAUUUCGAGGAGGAAGAUGAUUAUCUUAUGGCAAUGGAUGAUCACUUUUGGGACGAGGAAAUCGCACCUUCAAGGAAACGUGGACGCAAGGAGAAGGAGCCCCGUGUGCCUCGCCCGCCUCGUGAGCCCAAGAUCAAGGGCGAAAAGAAGCGGCAAAUGGGUAAUGAUCGGGAGAGCAUCUUGCAACGAUACAAGGUCAUGCAAGUCCGCCUUCAGGAUCGUCAUGGCAACUUUUUCACAGUUAAGAAGAAGGUUUCGACAAUAGAUCCUAGCUUGCCGACUUAUAUCCGUAUCCCGCCUGUGCCUAUUCCUCGGUCUUGGAUUCAUCCUAUCCGUCCCUUGGAAAAGCAAGCUAGUAUCGUGCCAGAAGUCCUUGGAUCUCGGUAUGAGGAGUCAAGUAAUAUUUUGGAUAUGGAUCUGACUCGGUUUGGCACGGACUUUCAGGCAAUCUACAUGGACCCACCACUACUGCGUGAGGGAGAAGAGGGAGGACCCAAUAGGAUCACAAUGGCACAGCUGGCGACACUCAACAUCGGGCCCAUCCUCCCAAAGGGGUUCCUCUUUGUCUGGGUUGAAAAAGAGUUUCUACCUGAGAUGGUCCAGUUGGCCGAGAGCUGGGAGAUGCGAUAUGUGGAGAACUUUUGCUGGAUCAAGCGAAAUGCCAACAACCAAAUUGCCCGCGACCGGUCACCGUACUUUAACUCUUCCAAGCUGUCUCUCCUCAUCUUCCGCAAGGAGGGCGAUGUUGAACUGAGGCAUCAACGGAGUCCUGAUUGCGUGUUUGACUUUGUCAAGCCUAGUACGGCAACGGAGCUUUCAGAAGAGAAGCCUAGGUUCAUGUACGAGCUGAUCGAGACACUCUUGCCACAGGCGGUCUACACUGAAAGCAACCCCAAUGGCGAUCGUAUGAUUGAGCUUCUCAUAGAAACCUACAGAACAGAGUUGAUUAUCGUUGUUCCGGCAGAAUUUUCCAUUUUCAAGCUGGCCUUGACAUUUCAACACUGCUCUCGGGGUCCACAGAAGCAACACUCUCAGUACCAAUACUCAACCAGUGGCGACUUCAUUCAUACCACCCCGGCCAGCUUGAACUUAGUCCCGCCGCCUGUGCCUUCAAGCCAAUCGAUCGCCAUUCCUCCUCGCAGAGAAUCGUCUUAUGGUCUAACCAGUCAACCUUCUCACAGUCGGUCUACUCAGUCACCCAUUUACUCGCCUACAUCUAACUCUUUUGAUUCUCGUUCGUCACCUUCGUCGUUGAACUCGGGAGCCGCCUACCAGAGAUACGCCAACACCGACACUACUACUAUUGUUUCUAAUCUCACACCUCCUCAACCAUCAUACGUCCCCUCGCGCUCUCGACCUUCCAUCAGCCGACCAAACUCAAUCGUCUCCGUAUCGGCUUACUCGACCCAUUCGAACGAGCCCCUGAACCAGUCCAAGUCGAGCAAGACCAAUACUAAACUUCAAAGGCUUUAUUCACUAAACAAGAAGUCUUCCGAGAACACCAUGUCUACUUUGGCCUACAAGGACGGAUCUUCAUCUACUACAAGGGUGAGCACAAGCCGCCUGAAUCUUCCAGAGCACCGGGGGAUGUAUAGCAACAUGAGCCCCGUCAACCUCAAUGAUCCAUCUCACCUAGCUCGAAGAUCAUCACAAUCGUCAACCCGGUCGUCAUCUUCAUUCACAGGUCGCAAGCGAGGCUGGAGGGCAAGAUGGGAUGACGUCCGGCCAAGAAAGUAUAACCCUCAAGAUUACAACAUCAAGGGUUUCGGUCGAGUGGCCCAGUUCUCGAACGAGCGUCUCUAUCUGCAUUGGAUCAGGUUUGGGGUGUUGCAGGCCGGUAUUGCAGUGAUGCUGCUGAGUUUUGGAAUUGGCAUUGCGUCGUGGGUGGGUGUAGGGUCGUUGGCUCUGUCGCUGUUGACGCUGAUCUAUGCGACGCAGUUGUUCCAUAAGAGACAUUUGUAUAUGGUCAGCAAGCGGAAGGAUGUCAAGUUCUUUGCGAGGACGAUCCCGACACUGUUGACUAUUGGACUUUUCCUCCUUUACGGUAGCAAUUUUGUCUUGACCAUAUACUAUGACGAUGAAGCAAGAAGUCCCCCACCAUGGACUCAGAAGGACCCCACCAACUUUAAUAGCGUUUUUUAA